AUGGACCGGCUGGUAUCGCGAGUUCGGCGACUCUCGCCCCUGCGAACUAUUUCUGACGCGCUGCUCCUUUCGCUGCUCUCGCAGUCGGAAUCCCAGCCAGACAACUUGCAACAAGGCGUCGUCCGUACGUUGAUUUGAUUUUGGGUCGGCGUCGAAAAAGAAAACACUCUUUUUUUUUGGGUAUCAAGCUUUAGCCUUCAGCUAUUUUUCUGUAGAUUGACUUCCGCCUAAUAAAAUGAAAUGAGCAAUAAAGAGGACAGCCUCUGAAAUUUGAUAUUUUUUCCUUGAAGAGGGUGUCGGAAGUCCAAAGUUAUCAUUAGCUUGAACUUUCGAACUUCAAAGCUGUAUUUUGUGCUCUGAGCUUUCUCAGAUCAGUUUUCAGUGUUCGAGAAAGGCGAGUCGACGUGCUAUUGGUAUCUGCUCGUCAGCGGCGAAGUGCAACUCUAUCGCCCUUCCAAUGUUUGCCAAACUUCUUUUCGGCUUGUUAAUUAGUGGGCGUGUUGCGUUGUUUGGGCAUUUCCAGCAUCGGAAACAAAAAAAAACGUGAAAAAUUGGGAAAAGCCACAAGAAAAAGCUAUGAUGGGAGAAAAAUGAUUUUCAGCAUAGCUAUUAUAAUUUUUUUCUUCGUCUACAAAUAUUCAAAAUAAUUUUAUUCCGGCGAGUAGGUUUUAGUUGUUUUGAUUUUUUUGAAAGCUUUUUCAAGUCAGUUUGAAAUAGUUCGCGGUGCAGUUCAAAUGCAUAUAAAUUAGACUUUAAUCAAAUUCACACCGAAAAAAGUUCUUGUUGACUACUUUUUAAAAAUAUUCGCAAUUGUUUUUUUUUUCAAAGAGCAAAGCAUGAUUUCCAAAUUAAAGGUUCAGUUUCUAAAGCUUUCUCAUUUUUUCAAGUAAAAUAAGUUGAAUAGUAGGAUUUCAGUCAAGCUCAAUCUUCCUGAUUAUUUCCAGAACUUUUAGAAAAGAGUUUUUCUUGCUUGUGUUCAAACUGAUAGGGGCUAUCUACAGUUUUCAAGUUGAGAUCUCAUAAACUAUAUAAAAACUUGAUUGUUUCCGAUCAGCUCAAAGUUUCAGAGCCACGGCAGCACUCACAUCCGAACUCUCCUGUCGGGAGCCAUCUUCGGAGAACUGGGAACGACGUUCCAUACGUGCUCGGCCCUCGUCUCGCGGCCUUCGCAGCUCGUCAGAAUCUCUCAGACUCACUUUCUCUCCAUUUACAACGUUUGUGAAAGCUCCGGACGUCGGGAAAGGGAGGAUGAUUGAUGUUCAGAAGCACGGCGACCACUUACAGCCUUUCAUCGUCGUCGUGCACGAUCUCACCGACGACAUCGGUGAGAAGAUGUCGAUAAUUUCCGGGGAAGAUGCUCUCAGGGCCAAUACAUUUUUUCUUUGGGCCACUAUCUCGGAUAUUUGAAAACUUUUUUGGAAAAACUGAUUUUUUACAAAAAAAAGUCUUUAAAAUCAAAUAAAAAGUGUGCAGGGGGCCUUUUUUUAAACUUUUUUAUGUCCGAAUCACGAUUAGCUUGGGAUGGAAAGGGGCGUGGCCUGUCUGUUCUCUUCACAAACCACGCAAUAUCUUAGUUUUUUUAAAAAAAUCGUGUCAGGACCCUAUUUUCGAUGGCUCAAGCCAACUAUGACUCAGCCAUACUUGUAUAUAAUUUUUUUCUAAGUAAUCAGCUAAAUAAUAUAGUGGAACGAAACAUUCUAUUGUAAAUUAUUUUUUUUAAAGGUUUUCCCCACAAUUUUCAAUGGAGGUAUAAUAGUUUUUAAAAAGACAUUAGCUUUUUGCUCUGGAAAAGAAAAAUUAGUUCUCAAGAGGAUGAUCGGCGAAAGUCAUGAAUAAUUUAGACGAGGCAUUUUAGCCGUUUUUCGAGUCACGCACACAUCCUGUUAUUUCAGUUGAUUUCUAAAGAAUUUACAUGACAUUUUGACUUGAAUUAUACAUCACACUCGAACGAGAAAAAACUUUUUUGCAGAGAAUUUGAGAAAAAAAAAGUUUCUUUUGAUGAUUUGAAAAAAAUAGUUUGAGUUUUUCAACAGAAAAAAAUUUAAAAUCGAAAAUAUUGGGAAUUCAGAUGCCACCCCCGACUAUCCAAUCGUUUACGUACCCCCUGUCGACUACAACAAUGUUCUCUACAAGAGUAAAACCCUUAUUUUUUCAAACCUUAAGGUUUACGUUCAGAAGACCCCACAACCAGCAACGGCGAUGCGAACGAGAAGAACUUUAUUGAGAUCAGUAAUAAAAUGGUCAAGGCUUCAUAGUUUAAUCAAUCUAAUUUAACAUUUUUCAGAGCCCUGAGAAACAGAUUGUCGAAGCUGGAGAAGUAGUUCAACGGGCGAUGCGACAUUCGGCGUCUCAUCUUAUUCGCGACGUUGUUUUGCAUAAUGAGGUAGAGCUUUAGUUUUUCCAAGCUUUCAGAUGAAAUUAAUCAAAGGACGGUAAUAAAAUGAAGAAAGUUUUUUUGAGACAUUAUUUUUUUAAAUAUUGUAAACUCCUGUGUCAACUCAAAUUAUAUUGACGUUUUUGAAAAAAAUUUAGUUGAUCCAGAAAUUUUUUUCUUAAUUUUACGAAUAUAAUGGAAAAAUUUUUUUAUUUUUUUGAUCGAAAAAAAGCCUUUUUAAAAAAACGAAGUUAAAAUUUUUUUAAAGUCAGUCUUCAGCGGCGACUCACAUUCUAUCAAAAAAAUUUUUCAGAAACUAGCGGAACUCAGAGAACUUAUUACCUGUUUUUGACUGAAAUUACCUUAUUUUUGAGAAAUAGAAACACAAAUUUCAGUCAUACCGAGGAUGCAUGGCGGGCAACGAAAUGGUCGAUUGGCUACUCGAAACAUUCAUCAGCCAUUCAGUUCCCACAAUGUCUCGAUUUCAGGUUCUUCCAAUUUUCAUGAUUGAUUGGACUUCAACGUUUCUCUUCAGAUGACAGCAAUCUGGCAGAUCCUCCUCGAACAAAACGUGUUGACCCACGUCGCCGGCGAGCAGAAGUUCGUCGACAAGCACGUCUUCUACCGAUGGACGAGCAAAGUUCCACAAAGGGGACCUCCGACUUCAGAAGACGUCGCCCACGCCAUCUCCUUCCUUGGCAUCGUCGCUCCAGAAACUCUCUUCCGAAUCAUUCUUUCCAAACCGUCAGUUUGAACUUUAUUUUUGAUCUUUCUUAUUUUUGAUCUGCAACAUUUCAUACAGCUGUGAAGUGGUUUUGCAUUUCAAAAGAACUUAAAUCUAUUUAGAUGUUUUUCUUCAUCAGUUGAUUUUGAUAUCAAAUCUCCAAUUUUUAUUCAUUCCUUGAACUACUCAAACUCUAUUAGGUUGAUCGUUCCGAAAUAUUGUCGCUUUUUUCGUUUCUAACGCAAAUAUCGCUUUCAUGCGUUCGAAACGCCUGAUUUAUUAUAUAUUAAUUCUCCAACUUAAUUUUCGUUUGAAUUUUCUUUGUGUUCUUAAUCCACCCAAAAUCACCAUGAAUAAGAAAAAUUUGACUACUAAAUUGAAACAUUUUUUCUAGUGGUUUCGAGAGGAAUCCCGAGGAGUUGGAGCUGGUCUACGAGGAGCUGAUGCACAUCAAGGCUUUCUCGCACCUGAGCACGAUGGUCAAACGACAGCUGUCUUAUGUUGUGGAGCUGCAGCAGUUCGCCCAUGCCGGUGAGCAAUAAAUGUAUUCCAAAAAAAUAAAUAAAAACUACUUUGAAACCACAUAAUUAUUGAAUUUAAGUCUAUUCAUAGAUGAAGCGCCUAUUUAAUAAUAAUAAGUUUAUUCACUAGAUAAUGUUAAAAAAAUAAGAAUUGAAAUAGUUCAAAAUAAGAGAGCAGUAGAAUAACCAGUAACGGGAAUUAUUCCAACCUAACGAGUAGACUGUGACCCGGAAGAUACUUCAAACCUCUUUUUAUUACUAGUUGACAAUUUUUUUCUUUGAAAAAAACCUUUAAAAAAAGAAAAUUUUUUUACUUUUACAUUAGAUAACUCUUUAGUUUUUCAAAACAUUUUUUUCAGGCUAUUUUUUUAAAUAAAAUUAACGCGGCAGAUUUGUUUGAAAACAAUUGAUCAACAAAAAUAAACUCAUGACGUAAACAACGCACGUCAUUCGUCCGAAUAACAUUGUCCCUUUCACCGAUUUUCCCUGAAACUUUGAAAUUUCCCAGUUCUGUUUAUGCAAAUCCUUGAAGGAAGCAUCGUUUUUCGACAAGGCGACCGCGGUAAUCACUGGUAUAUCGUGCUGAAAGGCGGCGUCGAAGUCAGCAUUCAUGGAAAAGUUCGUUGGAUUAGAUUUCCAUGCUUUGAAAGGCCUUUUUAGGGUCCUGUUUGUGCUCUACGGGAAGGCGACGACUUUGGCAAGUUGGCAUUGGUUAACGACCUUCCGAGGGCCGCCACAAUCACGACACUUGAAGACGAUUCUCAGUUCUUGGUUGUUGACAAACAUCAUUUCAAUCAGUUUAGAAAGCUUCUGAAGGCUUUUCUCAAGCUCGAAAUUUUCAGAAUACUUCGUGAAGUCGAGGCCAACACUGUGCGGUUGCGGGAGUUUGGAGAAGACGUCCUGGUCCUGGAAAAAAUCGACAUCCCUAGAGGGGCCGCUGUGGACAACACUCACUCUUUUUCGCACUGCGGGUUGGUUCAUUAAAGUAGAAAACCAAGUGGUCACUAGAGAGAUUAGUUUAAGUCUAAGUGGCUACUUAUAUGGUCGCAACUCAAUUACUUUCUUUCCUGAUUUUUUUAAAAAUCUACAUUUAGCGUAUCUUCUUUUGAGAAGAUACUUAAAAGUGAUAUUUUGAAUUUUUGACAGUUUUGCAUGGUAGUUUAUAAUGAGUUUUAGAUAUUCCGUGAUGGCUGGCCGAGCUGAGAAGAUCCUUGAAUAUGUUCUGGAAACUCGAAUCGACGCUCAUUCAGAUGAUUUGACAGGUUUGAGAAUCUCGAAAAAAUCUUCAGAACUCAAUUUGGAUUAUCAAGAAAUUGACGUCUUCCUGGAAGAUUUCAUACUGACGCACGAGGCGUUCAUGUCAACCAAUGCGGUGUGCAAUUUCUUGAAGUCUUACUAUUUCAGACCAGCUUAUGUGAGCUCCAGAUUUCAAAGUCAUUACUUUUCAUUUUUGAUGCAGAAAGCUGGAGAAGUGCCGUCGAUGGACGAAAUGGAGGAGGUCUGCUCGAAAAGGAGAGUCGUCAAGUUUGUGACAAUCUGGAGCUCCCUACUCCGACUCAACUUCUUCCUUCACCCAGCUGCCAACUCCUUCAUCGAGGAGCUGUACUGUCACGUGAUAGACGACCAGAAGCGGAUCGAAGGGAUGCGCGAUAUCGUCGUGACGAUGACGGCUCUGAGGUCGACCAGGGAGUCUGUCCAACGGAUCUUGGCACGACAUCCAGCUACCGUACUCGAUUGCGGCGUCUUGUCGGCUCACAUGCCGACGCCAAUCUUGCCUACUGAUAUCUGUAACCUUUCUAAAAUCGAGUUUUUCCAAUUGUCACACUUAGGUAACCAAAUAAUCCACCUGUCCGAUACCACCUGCUUCGUGCUUUCGAUUCGGUUAGACAAGACUGCCGGGGAAAUCUGUGAAUUGUCAAGAAGAAGGCUUCGGAAUCACUCAUUAGAGCCGUUGUUAUUAGUUGAAGUUAAGAGUAACGGAGGUAAAGAGAAGGUAAAAAUAAAGAGUUUCUUUUUUUUUCCUUUAGAGAAAAUCAUCUUCGCUCCAACGGAUAGAGCGAUUCCGACAAUGUUGUCACUCAAUAGCAAACUCUACGUUGUGUUUGAAGACGAGGUCAACUGUUUGGUAAGUCAAAACACGAAAGUAUUUUCGAAUAAAAUCACAAAUGGGAAAGUAAAGAAACUCAAUCAGACCGGGAAGAGUGGGUUAGCUUACAAAAAUUUAUCAAAACGGCGAGUAAGAGAUUUCUAAGCUGAAGAAGUAAUUUGGCAUCAAAAAUGGCCUAAUCUUAGGGGUCCUUGAAAGAUCCCCUCUAGAGACCACUUUAUCUACCGCUUUAGGGGCCACUGAAGCUUGCAAAAGUGGCCCCCACAGUGUAUGAAUAUAAUUAGUGAAGUAAAUUUUCAGGACGCGUUAUUCGACCAGAAUGGCCCCACUGAGUCGGUUCACUCGAGUAUCCUGCAACUGAUUGACGCCCACGAACUGGCCCAUCAGCUUUUCUGCUUUCAUAUCCAAUUGGUGCAGUCGACUCACACCUGCGAGUUGAUCUCCCAAGUCAUCGGACGGGAAUCUUUUCCAGCUCAUACUCCUUUCAAUCUUGACCUCCUCGUUCGGAGGUCAGAACUUCGGAAAACAUUAAGCUCUUAUUUUUCUCUCCUUCUGAAAAUCAUCCGAAGAGUUGAGAAUCGAUUGAUUUAAGGGGUUUCAACGUAUAAGUGAGAAAACUGUGAAAUUUGUGAAAAAACUUGAAAAAAAAAAACAGUUCGAGUUUCAAUUUCUUGCCGCAACUUCAAAUUUUUAGAUUCAAUGAGGUGCAGUAUUGGGCGACAAGUGAAGUUCUUCUCGCCACUGACGCCACGAGAGUUGAAAUCCUGAAAAAGUUCAUCAAAAUCGCAGCUUUGUGAGUUUUCGGCAGAAUAAUUUCUUCACAACUCCAUUUUUUAUAGUGCAAAACAGAACCAAGAUCUCUUGACGACUUUUGCGAUAAUCCUCGGAUUGAGCCACAUUUCCGUCAGCCGACUGAGUCAUACUUGGAACGUAGGUCUUUCGCUUAUUAUUGAAGUUAAUAUGACUAAUUUAGCGGCUGUCAUCGAAAGUGAAGAAGCAGUUCGCCGAGUUCGAAGCACUUUUGGAUCCUUCGAGGAAUCACCGAGCUUAUAGGAUGUUGAUUCAUAAGGUUUCAAAGUUUUAGUUUUGAAAUUCGUUAUUUUUCUAGAGAAAAUCUUCAAAAAUUUUCACAAGGGUUUUUCGAAAGCAGGGAAGUAUAGUCUGCUUUGUCAAGUAAGCAGACUAUACUUCCCUGCUUUCGAAAAAAGAAAUGUCAAGUAAACAGACGUCAUUCAAAAACGCUCUGAGGAUGGAUCGCUCUCUGAUUGGUUUAUCACGCCAUUUGGGGCGGAGCUUGAGCUAGGCUUUGACAUUCAAAUAUUGAAAAGACCAUAUUCUAUAACCUAAAAUAAAUCUGGGAAAAGCUUCUAAAGUCUUUUUUUAAGACAUUCCUUAUUGCAUAAAUUUUUAUGAUUUCAUUCAUCUGACAAAAAAUCAGAGAUAUAUUUUUCACUUUGAACCCUUCUGAAAAAUGUUUCUUUGGGGCGAAAAUCCUUGAUGCCGUGUUCAAUUUGAUUCCGCGAAAUACAAAAUGAUCUCUGACUCUCCAAAAUCUAGUGAUCUUUUCCUUUCUCUAACGGGUAUUUUGCAUUUCGCGGAAUCAAAUUGAACACGGCAUGAAAAUUAGAGGCUGUUUUUUCCACAUCCAUGAAAUAUGUGUCUUUUGAGAAGACUUAUUUUUUUGCUCGAUUUUAGAUGGCGGCUCCGUACACACCUUUCGUCCCGAUUUUACUGAAAGAUCUCGCUUUUCUACACCAGGGCAACAAGUCCUUCUAUAACGGACUCGUCAACUUUGAGAAAAUGGUAAUUAUUUUAAGCUUGGAGUUCCAUUAUUCCAUUUUUCAGCAUAUGCUGGCGAAUGUUCUGCGCACUUAUCGGCAAUGUAAAUCGUCAUUUAAUGGUCAAAAUAUUCAAGUUUCCCUCAAAUUUAUCGAUUUUCAGGAGAAGAUACCCAUAGGACAUUUGCCGACUCACAAAGUCUAAUCAGAAAUCUACGAGUGAGUGAUUUUCAACCAAAAAAAGAUAAAGUCAACAUUUUCCAGGUAAUCGAUAAUCAACGACGUCUCAUGCAACUUUCAUACAAAAUUGAACCUCGGGCCGGUAGAAAAACUGACUAUUAA